UUUAUUUUUUUUUUUGUUCCAACAAGCCCGAUAAUUACACAAAUGCGACAAUCAACAUCUUGCUUUAUCAUAGCCGUAAUAAUAGCAAUUGCUAUUCUUAAAGAUGUACACGCAGCUCCUGUGGCCGCCGUAGAUUUACAAAAACGUGAAGGAAAUUUACUCCAUGCAUUUAGCUUAGGUCUCGUUGCUGUCAAAGACGGUGUAUUCAGUACAUUAGACGGAAUUCAACACCCCGAACACGGCUCUGGAUCACGUAAAGAUAUUGAGAAGUCAGCAACAGAAGCCGGGCAUAAUGUGGGCUCGGGAAUCGGAACCGCUUUAGGAAACGGUGCUAUUUAGUUUUGCGUAACAAUUACACUUUCUAUUUACACAUGAUUCCAAAAUAAAGUUUCUCUUUGACUUACAACAUAUAAGCA